AUGCCAAGGAGUGGAAGUUGUCGUGAGGCUGGUGCAGGGAUGCCCCGGGCUGGGUUUUGGAUGCUGGGAGUGUGUGCUGUGCUGGUGGCAGGGUUGACUGGAGCAUGCCCUCCCCAUUGUUCCUGUACUGGUACCACAGUGGACUGCCAUGGACUGGGCAUGAGGAGUGUGCCAAGGAAUAUACCCAAGAACACAGAAAGACUGGAUCUGAAUGGAAACAACCUCACACACAUUGGCAAGAACGAUUUUGUGGGUCUGAAAAACCUCAGAGUGCUGCACCUGAUGGACAAUCAAAUUGUGACUGUUGAGAGAGGAGCAUUUAAUGAUAUGAAGGAACUGGAUAGGCUGCGCCUGAACAGAAAUCGACUCCAGCAUCUUCCAGAGCUGCUGUUCCAGAACAACCCAGCUCUCUCUCGACUGGACUUGAGUGAAAAUGCGAUUCAGGCAAUACCAAGGAGAGCUUUCAGGGGUGCCACUGACAUCAAAAACCUGCAACUGGACAAGAACCACAUCAGCUGUAUUGAGGAUGGAGCUUUUCGUGCAAUGAGAGCCCUGGAGGUCCUCACACUGAAUAACAAUAACAUCACCACCAUUCCUGUGUCCAGUUUUAACCACAUGCCCAAGCUACGAACUUUCCGGCUCCAUUCCAACAGCCUGAGGUGUGACUGUCACCUGUCCUGGUUGUCCCAGUGGCUCAGAGAGAGGCCAACGCUGGGCCUGUACACACAGUGCAGCUCCCCGCCCAGCCUACGUGGAGUCAACCUCGCCGAGCUUCAGAAAAAAGAGUUCACCUGCGCAGGAAUCCUAGAUGUUAGUCCUCAGCCCUGCGGCCUGGCGUCGGGCUCCUGUCCUCCCAUGUGCACAUGCAGCAACAACAUCGUGGACUGUCGCGGGAAGGGUCUCACCGCCAUCCCAGGCAACCUGCCCGACGGCAUGACAGAGAUUCGUUUGGAGCAGAAUGGGAUCAAGUCUAUCCCUCCUGGAGCAUUUUCCUCUUAUAAGAGACUUCGCAGAAUUGACCUGAGUAAUAAUCAGAUCUCUGAGAUUGCUCCUGACGCCUUCCAUGGCCUACGCUCCCUCAAUUCACUGGUUCUUUAUGGGAAUAAGAUAACAGAACUGCCCAGAGGGGUGUUUGAUGGACUGAGUGCUUUAGAGUUAUUGCUCCUAAAUGCCAAUAAGAUCCACUGUAUUCGUGCCAAUGCGUUUCAGGAUCUGGAGAAUCUGUCUCUCCUCUCCCUGUAUGACAACAAAAUUCAGAGUCUGGCCAAAGGCACCUUCAGCUCCCUGCGCUCAAUCCAGACUCUUCAUUUAGCUCAGAAUCCCUUUGUGUGUGACUGUGGGCUGAAGUGGCUGGCUGAUUUCCUGCGCUCUAACCCCAUCGAGACCAGUGGAGCUCGCUGCUCCAGUCCCCGCCGCCUCGCCAACAAACGUAUCGGACAGAUCAAGAGCAAGAAGUUCCGCUGCUCAGCCAAAGAGCAGUAUCACAUCCCAGGCACUGAGGAUACCCGUUUGAAUAAGGACUGUAACAGUAAGCCUGUGUGUCCUCCCAAAUGUCGCUGUGAGGCGGGUGUGGUCGACUGCUCCAACCUGCGCCUCACCCAAUUCCCUGAACAUCUUCCAUCAUCCACCACUGAACUACGUCUAAACAACAAUGACCUCACUGUUCUGGAGGCUACUGGAGUCUUCAGGUCUCUCUCACAACUAAGAAAAAUAAACUUGAGCAAUAAUAAAAUCUCAGAGAUUGAGGAUGGGGCAUUCGAUGGGGCGUCUUCCGUCGUCGAGCUUCACCUGACAGCCAAUCACCUGGACUCGCUCCGUGGCGGAAUGUUCCGGGGCAUGGACGGGUUACGAAUGCUAAUGUUGCGGAAUAAUCGCAUUAGCUGUGUACACAACAGCAGUUUCUCUGGUCUGCACAAUGUCCGUCUGCUGUCGCUGUAUGACAACCAGCUCACCACAAUCAUGCCUGGAGCUUUUGACAGUCUGCCUAACCUGUCUACAUUGAACCUGCUGGCCAACCCGUUUAACUGUGACUGUCGUCUGUCCUGGAUGGGGGAGUGGCUUCGCAGUCGUCAGAUUGUGACGGGGAAUCCUCGCUGUCAGAGCCCCACCUUCCUCAGAGAGAUUCCUCUGCAGGACGUCGCUCAACCAGACUUUCGCUGUGAAGAGGGUGCAGUGAUUGAGGAUGUGAACUGCAUGUUGCAGCCUCAGUGCCCACAGGAAUGCACGUGUUUGGAUACAGUGGUGCGCUGCAGCAACAAACAUCUCAACAGCCUGCCCAGAUCCAUCCCGCGUAACGUCACUGAACUGUACCUGGAUGGAAAUCAGUUGACUGUGGUGCCUAAAGAGCUGUCCACAUUCAAACACCUACAGCUGGUAGACCUGAGCAAUAACAAGAUCAGCUCCUUGUCCAACUACUCUUUUACCAACAUGACUCAGCUCACAACACUAAUCCUCAGUUACAAUUCUCUGCGCUGUAUUCCCCCCCUGGCCUUCGGAGGUCUCCAUUCUCUCAGAUUACUUUCACUACAUGGGAAUGAUAUCUCAGAGCUGCAUGAGGGAGUCUUCAGAGAUGUGGCGUCUCUGUCACACCUGGCGAUCGGCGCGAACCCGCUGUACUGUGACUGUCGUCUGCGUUGGCUCUCUGACUGGGUGAAGAGUGGCUAUAAAGAGCCUGGCAUUGCCCGCUGUGCAGGACCACAGGGCAUGGAGGGCAAACUACUCCUCACCACCCCGGGAACCAAGUUUGAGUGCACAGGUCCAGCAGACCCGGCGGUGGAGGGGAAGUGCAGUCCUUGUAACUCAAACCCCUGUCAGAACCAGGCUCGCUGUCUGGAUGACCCCCUGCAUCUGUAUAAAUGCAUCUGUCCUCAGGGCUUUAAGGGUAGGCACUGUGAGAUCAUUGUGAAUGCAUGUGUCAGUAACCCAUGUGCUAAUGGAGGGACCUGUCAUAGUGAAGAGGAGAAAAAAGGCUUCAGUUGUUCCUGUGCCCACGGCUUUGAUGGUCAGUUCUGUGAGGUGGAUGUGGAUGAGUGUGAGGACCACACAUGUGAGAAUGGCGCCACCUGUGUGGACGGCGCGGGAAAUUACACUUGUGUCUGCCCUCCUUUCCACUCUGGGAGGUGGUGUGAAGAAGAGGAAGAUUUGUGUUAUCCAGCUCGUAAUCCAUGCCAUCCUCACUCUACAUGCAUACCUACAGUCACUGGACCAAAGUGUAUCUGCCCUCCUGGUUUUGUGGGGGAGGACUGCAGUGUAGAUUAUAAUGAGUGUGAGGGACAUUACUGUCAGAAUGGGGCCAAGUGUGUCGACCAGGUGGAUGGUUAUACCUGCAUCUGUCCUCAAGGCUACAGCGGUCGUCUGUGUGAAGUGGCUCAUACUCCUCUCUCUGCCUGUGAGACAAUGCACUGUGAGAACGGCGCCCCCUGUGUCGACGCAGGGGGUACUGCAGCUUGUCAGUGUCUGUCUGGGUUUGAAGGUCCACUCUGUGAGAAACUGGUCAGUGUUAACUUUGUGGACAGGGAUUCAUACCUGCUGCUCAAAGACCUGAAAAACUGGCCACAGGCUAAUAUUACACUGCAGGUCUCCACUGCUGAAGAUAACGGCGUUCUGCUCUACAACGGAGAUAACGAUCACAUCGCCGUGGAGCUUCACCAGGGACACAUCAAAGUGACCUAUGACCCCGGCAGUCAGCCCGGCAACACCAUCUACAGCGCCGAGACGGUCAACGAUGGAAAGUUCCACACCGUGGAGCUGGUGACAUUUGACCGGAUGGUCAACCUCUCUGUGGACGGGGGGCAUCCAACCACCCUGGACAGUUUGGAUCGUGCAACACCCCUCAGUGCAGAAACACCACUGUAUGUGGGAGGAAUGCCAGAGACUGUGCAGGCCUCCUCUCUUGCUUUCUGGCCUCUUUAUAAUGGCUCCAGUUUCCAUGGCUGCAUACGCAACCUGUACAUUAACAACGAGCUGCAGGACUUCACCCGGACUCAGAUGAAGCCAGGAGUGGUGCCAGGAUGCGAGCCCUGCCGUAAACUCCGCUGCCUCCACGGCCUGUGCCAACCCGACGGUGCCCAAGGCCCCGUGUGCCACUGCCAACCGGGCUGGAGCGGCCAACGCUGUGACCAGAUUGUCGCCGCGGCUGCUACUGCCGCCAACCCGUGCCAGGGACACAAGUGUGUCCAUGGUUUGUGUGUACCUACAGAUGUCCAGUCAUAUCGUUGUGAUUGUGAGGAGGGCUUCCAUGGUCCUCUCUGUAGCCAACAGAAAGAGCUCUCAAGCCCAUGCUCAGCGUUGUCGUGCCAACAUGGCCACUGCGAGGUCACAGAACAGGGCGGGGCUUACUGUCUAUGUGACAGUGGCUACAGUGGUCAGCUGUGUGACACAGAGCUUCCGUGUAGAGGGGAGUCCAUGCGGGAUUUCCAUCGGAUACAGCAGGGCACAGUCCUGUGCCAGUCCACACGCCCGCUGGCCUGGGUGGAGUGCAGGGGCGGGUGCAAGGGGGAGGCGGGGAACUGCUGUGCCAGCCUGAGGGUCCGACGCAGGAAAUACACCUUCGAGUGUGACGAUGGGACCUCCUUCACGCAGGAGGUGGAGAAAACGGUGGAGUGUGGGUGCGCUGAGUGCCUGUGA